UACUCUCUCUUCUCCUCACCCAAAUUCAUAUAUCAAUGACAACCAACAGUGAAGUUGAUCAGGAAGGCCCCAGUCAUCUCCAAGAAUACAAAGAUGGAAACAUGGAGGUGUUCACAGCUCCAGACUUUGUUCAGGUGGUUUAUGAUCUUAUCAAUGAAGUUUCUUUCAAAGAUAUAAUUAUUGAUCGAAAAACCGGUGUUUCGGCUCGUCUUUAUCUACCAAAACAAGUAGAAAACCAGCAGGAAAAGAAGUUCCCAAUUCUUGUUUAUUAUCAUGGUGGUGGCUUCUGUUCAGGAAGUGCUUUCUCUCCACAGUAUCACAACUAUCUGAACUCACUCUCAUCCAAAGCCAGCAUUAUCAUAGUCUCAGUGGAGUAUAGAUUAGCACCAGAACAUCCUCUUCCAACCGGAUAUGAAGAUUCAUGGCAGGCACUUCAAUGGGUGGUCUUAGAGACUAAUAAUGAUGCAUGGUUGCAAAACCAUGCAGACUUUGGACGUGUGUUUGUGGGUGGAGAUAGUGCAGGAGGGAACAUAGCUCAUCACAUGGUGAUGAAGAUUAACGGGUCCAGUGAAGGGAUGAAGCUGGUCAAAGGGAUGGUGUUGGUGCAUCCUUAUUUUUGGGGAGUUGAGAGGUUGGAGUGUGAGAUUGAUAAAGGUGAAGAUGAGUCCACAAGUCUCAGUUUUGAUUUAGCAGAUAAGAUAUGGCUAAUUGCAUGUCCUGGGACUAGUGGGAAGGAUGAUGUUAGGAUUAACCCUUUUGUUGGGUGUGCCCCUUCGCUUGUAGGGUUGGGUUGUGAGAAGGUGAUGGUUUGUGUGGGUGGUAAGGAUGUAUUGAGGGGAAGGGGUAGACUUUAUUAUGAGAAGUUGAAAGUUAGUGGAUGGAAAGGAAUGGUUGAGCUUUUGGAGUCUCAUGGAGAAGAUCAUGUUUUUCAUCUCUUUAAUCCUGCUUGUGAUAAAGCUUUGGAGAUGAUGAAGCUUUUGGUUGAUUUCUUUAAUUAUUAAUACUGCAUAUGCAUGCAUGUAUGCAUGAACAUAUGGAAAUAAAAUGUUUAUGUAUUAUGUCAAUU